AUGAGACUGAGUACGCAGCGAGAGAGUGCUCAGUGCGUUCCUGCUGCCUCUGAGGGCAGCUGGGAUUGGCUUGCCUCUGCCUGGGCUGCCUUCUGCGGCAAAGACAGAAGCAGGGAUUGCUUCUGCUUGAGCAGAAGGCUGGCACUUAGCGAGUGGCUAGGCUCCAGGGAGCUCUCAAGCUGCCGACUGGCAGAGGGGUGGUGGCAUUUUGGAUGGUCUGGGAAGCGGCGUCUCUGCUUGCGAGUGAGUGCCUUGCACUGCUUCUGUCUUUCAGGGAGCGUUGUGAGCCCGGGUGAGCCAGGGAGGAAAUACACAGCCCUUGAAGAACUUGGACGAGGGGGCUUUGGAGCUGUUUAUAGAGCCCUGGAUGCCAGCACAGGGAAACAGGUGGCCAUCAAGAAAAUGACGCUGCAAGAGGAGGAUUCCGAGGAGCUGGCUGUCAAUGAAAUCCUGGCCAUGAGGGACAACAGGAAUCCCAAUAUUGUUACCUACUUAGACAGCUACCUGGUCGACGAGGAUCUCUGGCUGGUGAUGGAAUUCAUGGACAGAGGCACGCUGUUCGAUGUACUCAGGGCAGCGUACCUGGAGGAAGAACAGAUAGGCUGUCGGGAGGUGAGGGAUGGCGCCUGUGCCGGCCCUGGCCUGCACAGGAUGGUCCUUGCCAGCGGGUGGGGAAGAAGAGCAGAGGUUUCUUGCUCACUCCUUUGUUUUGGUGCUGCUGUCACGGCACCAGGAGAAGAGUGA